UAACCUAACCUAACCUAACCCAACACAACUUUCUCGGAUCCUCCGGGUGUCAGAAACGAAAAACCCAAGAAUUCAAGUAAUUUCGACGCUCUAUUUCUGGCAUUCACGUGCCGUUGUGGGGUAACGCAAGGAGUAUGCAGGCAUAAAAGAAACGUUGACUGAAGAUAUAUUAAUGCGAGAGCAUACCGAGUUCUUUACCAUCGGACAGAAUACCCGCUAUACACCGUUAUGUGUGACUGGGAAUCAAUCGACGCCGAAGAUGAGGCUGAAGAAAAAAUGGUAUUCAAACGGUAUGAGGACUUGAUUAAUGACAAACAGGAUACUGAAGGUUUUGAGACUGUCAGUUCUGACAUGCAGGAUGAGGUUGAAACUACCGUACUGAAGAUUUAUCAAGUCAUGCAGCACCUCCAAGACCUUGAGGGUAAACUUCCACUACUCGCAAGAGAUAAUCAUGUGUUCUACCUCAAAACUUCCUUGACGCAUCUUUCGCAGUCAUAUGAGUGUCUCGAUAGCAGCAGACCUUGGCUCUGUUACUGGAUACUUCAUGCUUUGCAAAUACUAGGGGAAAGAUUAGAAGACGAAGAUUAUUCUCACAUAGCAGGAUUCUUAGCAAAAUGCCAAUCACCAGAAGGUGGUUUUGGUGGAGGUCCAGGGCAACACCCCCAUCUGGCAACAACCUACGCAGCUGUGAAUGCUCUCUGCACAAUUGGGACUCCAGAAGCUUAUCAAACAAUAGAUAGGCAGACGCUCUGCCGAUUCUUGUCUUCUUUGAGAGAUGAUGAGGGAGCGUUCAGUAUGCACAUUGGGGGAGAAGUUGACAUACGAGGGGCAUAUUGUGCCGUUUCUGUGGCCAGAUUAACUAACGUGUAUCAUCCGGAAAUGUUCAAGAAUACCGGAGAGUGGAUAGCAAGUUGCCAGACAUGGGAAGGUGGCUUUGGUGGCUGCCCAGGCAUGGAAGCUCACGGAGGAUACACUUUUUGUGCUCUGGCUGCAUUACUGUUACUCGAGAAGUCCAAACUGUGUGAUAUAUCAUCGUUACUGAGGUGGACUGUGAACAGGCAAAUGCGACUUGAAGGAGGUUUUCAAGGCAGAACUAAUAAGCUCGUCGAUGGAUGUUACUCUUUCUGGCAAGGUGGCGCCUUUCCCUUAAUACACGCACUUUUAUGCGAACAAGGAUACAAAUCGGAUUUCUGGCUCUACGACCAGGAAGCACUACAAAAGUACCUACUAGCCUGCUGUCAGCAUCCAUCAGGAGGGCUAUUAGACAAACCAGACAAGCCCAGAGACGUAUACCACACGUGCUACACGCUAAGUGGAUUAUCUGUUGCCCAAAAUUCGCCUGUAUCUGUGGUCAUUGGCAGCCGUCGGAACAAUGCUGUUGACACUGUGCAUCCAGUCUACAACUUGGUCCAAACUUGUGCAUCUGCAGCUCUUAAUUACUUUAAUACGUUAAAGAUUCCAGAAUUGGACACCAUGUGCCGUUGAAUCUUAACGGACAAAGGACUAUCGACUUGGGUAUUUCCUACUUGAUCUUCAUUUCAGUCUAUUGACAGUUCACAGGGUAAACUCGUUGGUAAAAUCGUUUGAAUAAUUCAAAGAGCAGGGACGUCUUUUAACGAUUUUGGUUGUGCCAGUACCCUAUGUAUACGCCUCUAAAGUAUCGCCAACUUAUCUUGGCCUGUUUUAUUUUGGUCAUUUUAUGCGGGACUCUCAAUAACAAUUCAGAAACACCAAUUGUGAUGACUGUUCUAGUCAAUCAGUGCAUCUAUGCGUUGACAAAAGAAUCUUAAAGACAGUGAAAGACAUAUUGCGCUGUGUCUAGACAAAACGUAGCGAAUGGUGUGGUGGGAUUGCAAUUCGUUUUUGCAAGG